AUGGACUAUCUCCAGAACCUCCCUGGAGAUGAUUCCUUUUUCACCAUUACGGACACGGACCUCAGAGAAUUCUCCGUCUCUUCCGACUCGGACGACGUGACAACGACUAGUCAGCCAAGCUCCAAAAAUCAGAAAGACAAACUUCAUCCUGAAGUCCUCAAGAACCUCGAGGUCCACCAAGGCUUCAUGCAUCAAGCCAUCAAUAUCGCCGAAGAAGCCUUAGCAGGAGGCGAAACUCCCGUGGCCUGCGUCCUCGUUCAUAAUGGUGAAGUUGUCGCUCGGGGCAUGAAUGACACCAAUCGAUCUCUGAACGGUACUCGACAUGCUGAGUUCCUCGCCAUCUCGGAAUUCCUCUCCAAAUUUCCGGCCUCCAGGCUCAAGGAAACCGAUCUGUACGUCACAGUCGAGCCUUGCAUCAUGUGUGCUUCAGCCUUAAGACAAUAUGGAAUUCGAUGUGUCUACUUUGGAUGUAAAAACCAUCGGUUUGGAGGCAAUGGAAGUGUUCUGGCAGUUCACUCCGACAAGGGUUUAGAGGAAGGGUAUCCGAGCUAUGGAGGAAUCUUCAGAAAGGAAGCUAUCAUGUUGCUGCGCCGAUUCUACCUUCAGGAGAACGAAAAUGCCCCAAAUCCCCGAGCAAAGGAUAAUCGAAAGUUGAAGCCAGUAGUUUAG